UAUCAUAUCGGGUUUCUAAGUUGAAGGUUGAAGCACAGAUUCAGAAAAACCCUCCCUCCAUCCCUCUCAGUCUCAGCUAGGAGCUUCUCGUACUCUCUCACAUCGUUCAGUACCUUCAUUAGCGCGCUUUCAUUCUCAUACGAAGCUUUUACUCCCCUCAGAUUUAAAAAUUAUGGAUGAUAGUUUGUAUGACGAGUUUGGAAACUAUAUUGGACCUGAGAUUGAGUCUGACCAAGAGAGUGACAGAGAUGAGGAAGAUGAAGAGCUUCCUGAUAGGCCUAGUGAAGAGGCAGCAGCAUCAGAUGGUGAGGACGCUGCAGCUUCUAAUGGUUGGUUAACUGCUGCCAAUGAUGUUGAUAUGGAUAAUCAGAUUGUCCUUGCUGAGGACAAAAAAUACUAUCCUACUGCUGAAGAGGUUUAUGGUGAAGAUGUUGAGACAUUGGUUAUGGAUGAAGAUGAGCAACCCCUUGAACAACCAAUUAUUAAACCUGUUAGAAAUAUUAAGUUUGAAGUUGGGGUAAAGGAUUCUUCAACUUAUGUAUCUACUCAGUUCCUUGUUGGUCUCAUGUCAAACCCUGCCUUGGUUCGGAAUGUUGCCCUUGUUGGUCACUUGCAGCAUGGGAAGACUGUCUUCAUGGAUAUGCUAGUCGAGCAGACCCAUCAUAUGUCUACAUUUGACGUAAAUAGUGAAAAGCACCUAAGGUACACGGAUACAAGAAUUGAUGAACAAGAGAGAAGGAUAUCAAUUAAAGCAGUUCCUAUGACUCUUGUUCUUGAGGAUGGCAAUUCAAAAUCCUACCUGUGUAAUGUCAUGGACACUCCUGGCCAUGUCAAUUUCUCUGAUGAAAUGACUGCUGCCCUCAGGCUUGCUGACGGUGCUGUAUUGAUAGUUGAUGCUGCAGAAGGAGUAAUGGUAAAUACCGAAAGGGCUAUACGCCAUGCAAUCCAAGAGCGGCUUCCUAUUGUAGUUGUGAUCAAUAAGGUUGAUAGGUUGAUUACGGAACUUAAACUGCCCCCAAGGGAUGCUUAUUUCAAGCUGAGGCAUACAUUGGAAGUAAUUAAUAACCACAUAUCUGCUGCCUCAUCAACUGCUGGAGAUGUCCAGAUUAUUGAUCCAGCUGCUGGCAAUGUUUGCUUUGCAAGUGCUACUGCAGGAUGGUCAUUCACUUUGCACUCGUUUGCUAAACUAUAUGUUAAACUACAUGGAAUCCCUUUUGAUGCUAAUAAGUUUGCUUCUCGCCUUUGGGGGGAUAUGUAUUAUCAUCCGGAUACCAGGGUUUUUAAGAGGAAACCCCCUUCAAGUGGAGGAGAAAGGUCAUUUGUCCAGUUUGUGCUCGAACCUCUGUACAAAAUAUAUAGCCAGGUAAUUGGAGAACAUAAGAAGAGUGUGGAGGCAACACUUGCAGAACUUGGUGUUACUCUUAGCAAUGCAGCAUACAAAUUGAAUGUUAGACCUUUGUUGAGACUGGCAUGUAGCUCAGUUUUUGGAUCAUCCUCAGGAUUCACUGAUAUGCUGGUUCGGCAUAUUCCUUCCCCCAAAGAUUCUGCGACAAGGAAGAUUGAUCACAUAUAUACCGGGCCAAAAGAUUCUGCCAUAUACAAGGCCAUGAAAGAUUGCGAUCCUCAUGGUCCUUUAAUGGUUAAUGUGACCAAACUCUAUCCCAAGUCCGACUGUAGUGUGUUUGAUGCAUUUGGUAGGGUAUAUGGUGGCAAGAUUCAGACAGGGCAGACUGUACGUGUAUUGGGAGAAGGCUAUUCACCAGAUGAUGAGGAGGACAUGACAGUCAAAGAAGUUACAAAGUUAUGGGUUUAUCAAGCUCGAGACAGGAUCCCCAUAGCAGAGGCUCCUCCUGGUAGUUGGGUUCUCAUUGAAGGUGUGGAUGCUUCGAUCAUGAAAACUGCUACUCUCUGUAAUGAGUAUUAUGAUGAGGAUGUUUAUAUAUUCCGUCCUCUUCAGUUCAAUACCCUUCCAGUAGUGAAAACAGCUACUGAGCCAUUAAAUCCAAGUGAGUUGCCAAAAAUGGUUGAGGGUCUUAGGAAAAUCAGCAAGAGCUAUCCUCUGGCCAUUACUAAAGUUGAGGAAUCUGGAGAACACACUAUUUUAGGUACAGGAGAGCUGUAUUUGGAUUCUAUUAUGAAGGACCUUAGAGAGCUUUAUUCUGAAGUAGAAGUCAAGGUGGCAGAUCCUGUUGUUUCCUUCUGUGAAACCGUGGUGGAGUCUUCAUCAAUGAAAUGUUUUGCUGAAACACCCAACAAAAAGAAUAAAAUAACCAUGAUUGCAGAGCCACUAGAAAGAGGACUUGCAGAGGACAUAGAGAAUGGUGUUGUAAGCCUUGAUUGGCCUAGGAAGGAUAUUGGAAAUUUCUUCCAGACAAGAUAUGAGUGGGAUGUGCUUGCUGCACGGUCCAUAUGGGCGUUUGGCCCUGAUAAGCAGGGGCCUAACAUCUUACUGGAUGACACACUUUCAACUGAAGUUGACAAGAGCUUGCUUAAUGCUGUCAAGGAUUCUAUUGUUCAAGGAUUUCAGUGGGGUGCUCGAGAAGGACCUCUAUGUGAUGAGCCCAUCAGAAAUGUUAAGUUCAAGAUAGUUGAUGCCAGGAUUGCCCCUGAGCCAUUGCAUCGAGGGUCUGGUCAAAUCAUCCCCACAGCUCGACGAGUGGCAUAUUCAUCUUUCCUCAUGGCAACCCCUCGCCUUAUGGAACCUGUAUAUUAUGUGGAGAUACAAACACCCAUUGACUGUGUCUCUGCAAUCUACACGGUUCUAUCUCGAAGGCGUGGACAUGUGACAGCUGAUGUUCCCCAACCAGGGACUCCGGCUUAUAUUGUCAAGGCAUUUUUACCAGUAAUAGAGUCAUUUGGGUUUGAAACUGACUUGAGAUAUCACACCCAAGGACAAGCGUUUUGCGCCUCUGUUUUCGAUCAUUGGGCGAUAGUUCCUGGUGAUCCCCUUGACAAGAGUAUUGUUCUGCGACCACUUGAACCAGCCCCGGUUCAGCAUCUCGCACGUGAAUUCAUGGUCAAGACGAGACGUAGGAAGGGAAUGAGUGAAGAUGUGAGCAUCAACAAAUUCUUUGAUGAGGCCAUGAUGGUGGAGCUGGCCCAGCAGGCAGCUGAUCUUCAUCAACAAAUGAUAUGAUAGUGGGGUUCAUAUUACAUGCAGAAAGCUGAGGGAUUAUGUUGGAGGCAAUUCUAACUAUAGUAUACAAUCAGCAAAUUUAUGCAAACAUUUUUGAGCUAAAGUUUUUGACACCCCCACUUAAGUUUUCUUACCCCAGUGGUAAACUUUAACAUCUAUCUUGUAAAAAAAGAAGAAGAAAAAAAUUGUUGUAGAAAUAGUGAAUUAGCAUGUUGAACUUCUUAUUUAUCCUAAUCCUUGAGAUUUACUUCAGGCUAUGUCAAGUUAUUUGCGAUCGUUGAGGGGUUAAUAUCAAGUUUUUGUUCAAGAUU